AUGGUUCCUCCCACGGGACCGCUCAACCUCGACGUUGAGGCCAUCUCUGGCAUUUGCGGAUCCAUCUCGAUUGCAUGCUGGGUCGUCGUCUUUUCUCCACAGAUUAUCGAAAACUUCCGUCGUAGCAGUGCCGAUGGCUUGUCUCUGCAAUUCAUUAUCGUCUGGCUCGCCGGCGACGUCUUCAACAUCCUGGGCGCCGUCCUGCAAGGCGUGCUGCCAACAAUGAUCAUUCUUGCCGUUUACUACACGAUUGCCGACAUUGUACUGCUGGGCCAGUGCUUCUACUACCGCGGAUUCACCUGGCGCGACGACGUGGUGCCACCGAAGCUGAGCGCCAAGAAGACGCGGAGAUCAGUAGAUGCUGCUGGCGACAGCAGCAACACGACCACCACCAAAAAUGGCCGCCCCGACGAGCGCACAUCGCUCCUGGCCAAGAACACCGAUAGGAACAGAAGAAUUGGCACGACUGGAGAGAACGACCACGGCCACCAACACCACGGCCACCAUCACCAGGAGCGCCGUGGCUCCAACUGGUCCACCUUGUCUCCAGCCGUGCCGUUUGUGCCUGACCUGGGGAGCCUCGAUGUGACUGCCGAUCACGCCGCCCAUACCUCGACAACGGCGACGACGUUGACGGCGGCCGGGACCAGAUCUUCAGAGGGCGCCAGCGCGUUCCAGGCGGUUGUAUUCAACGCCAUGUCUAUGCUCAUGGUCUGCACGGCUGGUGUGGCUGGCUGGUACCUUAGCGGUGGCAGCCAGCGUGACGACAACGGCGGGGCCGUACCACCUGCCGACGGCUCGGAUGGUGACAGCGACCUGUCGUUCAACUUUUGGGGCCAGGUCUUUGGCUACCUCUGCGCCGUCUUCUACCUGGGCUCGCGCGUGCCCCAGCUGCUGCUCAACUGGCGCCGCCAGUCCACCGAGGGCGUCAGCAUGCUCUUCUUCUUGUUUGCCUGCCUCGGCAACCUGACCUACGUCCUGUCCAUCUUUGCCUUUGACGGCUGCAGCGGCCACACCCGCGCCCUAUGCACCCCCGAGGACGCCCGGGCGCGCUACGGCCGCUACCUGCUGGUGAACCUGUCGUGGCUCGCCGGCAGCCUGGGCACGCUGUUCCUCGACAUGUGCAUUUUUGUGCAGUUUUUCAUCUACCGAGUGGAGGGCGCCGACGACUACGACGUCGAAGACGAAGGCUCCUACGACACGGAUGCUGACGACGACGAGGUCGACCUUGACCUUGACGCAGUUGAUGUCGCCACCGUCGACGACUCGGACGAGGAGCGGGACCAGCGGCCUCUUUUGCGUCGCAACUUGUCGAGUUACCAUUAA